AUGGAAGAAUUCAAAUGGGAUGAUACACAUCAAAGGGCAUUUAACCAGAUUAAAAAAUACCUGUCGAGUCCUCCUGUCAUAAUGCCACCGAGGAAGAAAUGGCCAAUGAAGUUAUAUUUAUCGACUACUGAAGAAUCCAUUGGAGCUAUGCUAGCACAAGAGAAUGAAGCAGGAAGUGAACAAGCAAUAUAUUAUCUCAGCCGAGUUUUAACUCCAGUCGAGUGUAGAUAUACGCCGAUAGAAAAAUUAUGUUUGGCUUUAUAUUUUGCAACAAUGUUGGCACUAAUAGAGUUCAACUUUGCAUAUGUUCUACAAAAGGCAAUUAAGGGAAGAGCAUUGGUAGAUUUUCUUGCCGAUCAUCCAUCGCCUGAAAUUGAAUCACAAGUAUUUGAUGAGCUUGACUCGGCAUCCAUAUUCAUGACUCCAUGGACUUUAAUGUUCGAUGGGUCGAGUACCAGUGAAGGCUCGGGAGCUGGUAUAGUCAUAAUAUCCCCAACAGGGAACCAAAUUUCGUUUUCCUUCUUUUUGGAUUUCAGGUACUCAAAUAAUCAAGCCGAGUAUGAAGCAUUAAUUAUUGACUUGGAAAUUCUGCUAGAAAUGGCAGUCAAAGAUGUCCACAUAGUGGGAGAUUCAAGUUUGGUGAUUAAUCAAAUCUCGAAAGACUUUAGAUGUUUGAAUUGGCAAUUGAGACCAUUUCACUCGUUAGCAACCCAAUUGGUUAACCAAUUUCACAAUGUAACUUUGGAAUACAGACCAAAGGUCAUGAAUAAAAUAACUAAUGAUUUAGCACAUACUGCUUCAGGAAUCAGAGUGCCAAGCGGUAUGAAAGAAAGGAUAAUGAAAAUUACACUCCGAUCUCUUCCAUCGGUUGAAACAAGAAAUCAAGUUAUGCAAGAAGUGUUUGCCACUGAUGCUGUCGAGUUGGAUGAUAAUGAUUGGCGAAUCCCUUACAUCUUGUUCUUGCAACAUCCAACUCCAGAAGCCGAUCGAAGAAUAAAAAGAAAGUUCGAUUAUGUACUUAUGGAUAGAGAUCUUUAUAGAAGAUCGGCUAAUGAUGGUUUGUUAUUUCAGUGCAUUAGUAAGUUUGAGGGUUUGAAGAUUAUGGCUGAGGUACAUGAAGGGAUAUGUGGAGUUCACCAAGCCGGCAUAAAAAUGAGGUGGUUGAUACGCCGAUGUGGAUAUUAUUGGCCUGGAAUGAGAAAAGAUUGUAUGACAUAUGCAAAAGGUUGUAUAGACUAUCAAAAGCAUGGUCCAAUGCAGUGGGUUCCAGCAAUGGAGAUGCAAUUAUUAGUUAAACCAUGGCCUUUCAGAGGUUGGGCCAUGGAUCUAAUUGGCAAGAUUAAUCUUCCUUCAUCAAAGGGUCAUCAUUGGAUUAUUUUAGCUACUGAUUACUUUACCAAAUGGGUAGAAGCCGAAGAAUACGUAUCGGUAACUCAUAAUAUCGUCAUACAGUUUUUGGAGCGACAUAUCUUUCACCGAUUUGGCUUACUUGAAACAAUUGUUGCCGAUAAUGGAUCCGUGUUUCGAGCAAAUGAAGUAUUACAAAUCGGCAUUGAUAUACAAGUGAAAAUGGUAACUUCAACACCCUAUUAUGCUCAAGGGAAUGGCCAAGCAGAGGCUUCAAAAAAAGUUGUUAUUGAAAUUAUUGAGAAGAUGAUAAAAGAUAAGCCAAUGCGUUGGCUUGAAACCCUUUCAGAAGCUUUGUAG